AUGACGAAGUCUAUUUCAUCAUUACUUAUUAUCCUUAUCUUCUUCUUCUUCCUAACAGCUAUUGUUGAAGUAACUCCUAAUGCACAUUUUGUUCGACCAUAUACUGAAGGAUGUAUUGAUCCAUCGGAACCAUUUCAAUGUCCUCAAAGUCAACGAUGUAUUGCUCUCCAAUUUAUUUGUGAUGGUCAUCCAGGUGAUUGUCCUGAUAAUCUUGAUGAAAAUGAAGAAACAUGCAUUGCAGCUAAACGUCCAGCAAAGAAAAAUAUUGAAAAAUUUCUUUAUGCUGCAUAUACAUUUCUAUUUGGCGAAAACCUUUCGAGAAGUAUUGAUGAAAAUAAAAUAUUUUUGUUUGAUACAUUAGCAUCAGUAUUUUCUGUGUCGAAAAAUAUUCAUAGUUUUGCUGAAAAAACAUUUAUGUCAUCAGGUGAUCUAGCACAUUUUCGAAAUAUUUUUCAAUUAAUUCAUGAUAGUCGAUUAGAAAAUAUUCCUUUAUUUGCACAAGAAGGUGUUAAUCAAGGUCUUGCAGCCUUAGUUGAAAAGCUCUAUGACUCGGGAUUUAUGGAUUAA